AUGGUCACUUUAUCGGAAUGGAUGUGGAUCAAGGUCUCACAUUGGUGGAGAAUGUUGCUCUUAGUGAUGGAAACUAUCCAGAGGAGUAUGAUCGAAGUGAUAGCUCAGUCAAUGAUGAGAAGCACAAGAAGGAGAUCAAAGACAUUGAAUGACAAGCUUGACAAGAUCUUGACUGGCCAGCAAAAGCAAGGAGGUUACUACAAAGGUUACAACACAAACAACAACACGAACCUCUCUUAUCGCAGCACCAAUGUGAGAAUCCUCAAGACCAAGUGUAUCCACCUCAACAAAACCAAAACCAAGGGGACAACAAACAGUUUACUUCAAGCGAGGUUACCACCAAAGGUUUUUGGUAAUCAGAAUCAAGGCUCACUCAAGCUCAAGCAGGAGUAG